UACAAACCCAUAGAGCUUUAGUCGACGAAUAGAUCCGCAGGAAACCGAAACUUUGGAGAACGAAAAUGAUUGCCCUGCGAGUGGCAUUCUUUCUGGCAGCCUGCCUGUCCUUGACGGCUGCAGACACCCGUCCGUUGAUCCUGGAUGAAGUUCAGCCCCCGGUCACUUUAGCCACCGAGCUGGCCGACUACCGACUGGCCAGCCACAUCCUUCCCGUCAGCUACAACAUCACGCUGCGGCCGUACCUUUUGGAGUCCGAUGGCCUCAAGCGCUUCACCUUCGACGGUGAGGUGCACAUCGAAGUGGUUCCGACUGAGAUCACCAACUCGGUACACCUCCACGCCAAGAACCUCACUUUCUCGGUAAGCGAGUACUGGGCCAAACCCGCUCAGGGAGUGGCUACUCCGGCCGGGACAAACUUCAAUGCCGCCAACGAGACCAAUCCGGACACGGAUAUUGUGAAGCUGACCACGGCGGCUAAUUUGGCGGCGAAUACUCCGUACAUCCUGCAUUUCGUUUACACUGGUCUUAUGGAGGACGACAUGCAUGGGUUCUACAAGAGCUACUACGUGGAUGACAACAAUGUUACCAAAUGGCUGGGAUCCACCCAGUUUCAGACCAACCACGCCCGUCGCGCCUUCCCCAGCUUCGAUGAGCCCAAGUUCAAGGCCACCUUCAACAUCACCCUAAAGCGCUACAGGACCUUCAACUCGGUCAGUAACACGCGUCUGAUUGGAUCCUACCCUAGCACUGAAGCUGGCUAUUUCGAGGAUGUGUUUGCGACCACGCCCAUUAUGUCCACCUACCUGGUGGCCUUCAUCAUUUCCGAGUUUGCCGCUCGCACGGACGACAAGUUCCGCGUAUUGGCCCGCCCCGAGUACUAUGCCCAGACCCAGUAUCCCUACAAUGUUGGUAUCGAGAUCCUGCAGAAGAUGGGCGAGUACCUGAAUUUGGAAUACUACACUCUUGGAAAUGACAAAAUGGACAUGGCAGCUAUCCCCGACUUCUCGGCCGGUGCCAUGGAGAACUGGGGUCUUCUGACCUACAGGGAACGCAGUCUGCUGGUGGAUGAGUCCGCCACUACCCUGGCCUCCCGUCAGGCGAUCGCCGCCGUGGUGGCUCAUGAACAGGCCCACAUGUGGUUCGGCGACCUGGUCACCUGCGAGUGGUGGAGCUACACAUGGCUUAACGAGGGAUUCGCACGGUACUUCCAGUACUUUGGCACCGCUAUGGCGGAGGACAAGUGGGAGCUGGAGAACCAGUUCGUUGUAGACCAGAUCCAGUCGGUUAUGGCCAUGGAUUCGACGAACGCCACCAACCCGCUGACCGACCCAAAUACCUACACCCCCGCCCACCUGAGCCGCAUGUUCAACAGCAUUUCCUACAAUAAGGGCGCCACAUUCAUCCGAAUGAUGAAGCACACCAUGGGAGAGGAUGAGUUCCGAUUGGCACUGCAGAGCUAUCUUGUCAAAUACUCUCAUAAGUCAUCGCGUCCCGAGUAUCUACUGGCGGAAUGGCAAAGCACUUGGCCGGAUCGUUUUAAAAACAGCUCCAAAGAAAUCUUCGAAAGCUUCACUACCCAGGUGGGCUAUCCGCUUGUAAAUGCUGAGCUUUCCAGCGAUCGCAUGUCAGUCCGCUUCACCCAGCAGCGAUUUCUUUUGAAGGAGAAUGAUGGGUCCAAUGCCAGUCUGGUGUACUCCGUGCCCAUAACGUUCACAAACAGUAUCAGUCCUAAAUUUUACAACACCACGACAAACUUCAUUCUUAACGGCACAGAGCCCGAAACUUGGAAUUUCCACCAUGCUCUGGAUUGGAUUAUAGUGAAUGUCCAACAAUGUGGAUACUAUCGCGUUAACUACACUGAAAACAACUGGCGCUCCAUCCAGUCUCUUCUUGCCAGUAAUAGCUGGGGUGGGGUACAUGAAAACAACCGAGCUCAGAUAGUCGACGAUCUUUUUAACUUGGCUCGAGCUGGACUAAUAUCUUACAACCUAACUCUGGAUGUGAUCGAGUACCUGGAGACGGAGACCCAUUACAUUCCCUGGACUUCCGCCUUCAACGGUUUCAGCUUCCUGACUAUCCGCCUGGGCAACGACACCGCCAACUUCAAUAGCUACAUCCAAGCGCUUACACAGAAGGCGUACAACAAGCUUGGGUUCAAUGAGACGGAGUCUGAUACUGCCUUGGACAUCUACCUGCGCACCAAGGUUCUGUCCUGGGCCUGCCGCUACGGCAGUGCCGACUGCAUCAACCGGGCCAAGACCUACUUCCAGUCCCUGUCAACCGUGCCCAAGAACAUCCGAGCCACAGUGUACUGUGUGGGUCUGCGCGAGGGCGGUUCCACCGAGUUCGAGGCUCUAUACAACAAGUUUAAGGUCGAGACCGUGGCCACCGAGGAGACCCUGCUGCAGAACUCGUUCGGCUGUGUGAAGACCCAGGCCCUAAUUGAGCGAGUGUUCAACCUGAUCCUUAGUGACGAAAUCCGUCGCCAGGACAAGUCCUCAGUGCUGGCCACUCUCUACACUGAGAACAACGAGAAUGUGAGCCCGGUGUUUGCCUUGGUCACCCAGAAGUUCGAGGAACUGGCUGAAGCAAUGGGCGGAUACUCCGCAGUGGCGACUGUCAUCUCCAACAUCGCCGCCCGCUUCACCACCGAACAGCAGUACGCCGAUCUCCAGAACUUCAACAAGAAUAGUGGAUCCAAAUUCGGAUCCUCCCAGGCCACUCUUACUGCGGCAGAAGCCACCGUUUCCGAGAACCUAGAAUGGGCGCAGGCGAAGCUGGGUGUGUUCCGCAGCUACCUGGCUGGACGCAACGGAGGCGCUAUGGCCAAUGCUCUGAGUGUUCUGAGCCUUCUCCUGGUGGCCCUGGCAACCGUCAUGCGCCAAUAAGCGCCACUGCUUGUGAUUAGGAAAAUGAUCGUUCCGAUAACCCGUAUUUACAGCUAGUAGUAGUAGCUUGUAGUUUCUUUGUUCUUUACGGCUAGACACAAAUAGAUUUGUCGAAAAAAUAUACUAAAUGACUUAAAAGUGUAAAUAAAGAUUAGAAGUAUGAAAUUUGAUGCCAAACUUGAA